AACUAACUGAACAAAUAUUUCUAUAAAAUACAAUCAUGUCGUCCAGCAAGGAAAUUGGCACGGAUGCCCAGGCAAAGGAAGAUGUGAAACUAACAAACACCGAAAGCGUCGCCCUGAAGGACCUUUUGCAGACACGUCUUGAUGAAUGCGGCUGGCGUAAACAAGUUGAACAAAAUAUACGAGAAAUAAUCGCGGCAAAAGAGCGAGACAUGCAGACCUUAACAAGCAAGGAACUGGAAGCCGAGAUUGCGCCGCAAGCCCGCGCCAUGGUCCCCGAGUAUGUGCGCAAAGAGAUGUUGUUACGCGUGCGCGAGGCCUUGGAGUCGUCGCUGCCUCGAAAGUAAAGCCCAAUAGUGAAAUGUAGUCGUAUAUUCUUAAAUUCUAGCACAUGUGUUCCGUCGUUUAUUAUCUGGUAUUUAAGUAGAUAUUUACAUGCUUAGGCUAAUUAUGAAACUGCGCCACUAGUUGUACAAUAUGUAUGUAAUAAAUAAACAGCCUAAUUGUAAUGUAA